GACACCAACCCCACCAUCCAACUACCUAUAUUUUAUCCACUGAAUGUACGCACAAGACAAAAGGCCUAGUCAAAUAUGGCAACCCCUUCAAUAAUGUAGAAGAUAAGGUCACCUAAAGGUCCCCAUAUAAGAGCUGAUGAUCCAAAACUUUCAUUUCAUCCCCUCCUGCAUUUGUUUGGUCUCUGGUAUUCAUUAGCUUCUUUGCUUCACUGCAAUGAGGCUGCUUCUUUUCUUCAUUUUCUUCCUUUUUCCUGGGUUUCUUUCUGGGGCGGAGCGAUGCCACCCCAGUGAUAAGACUGCCCUUCUCAAGUUCAAAAAUAGUUUCGCCAACCCAGAUCAGAUUUUGCUUUCAUGGCAACCUGAUUUUGAUUGCUGUGACUGGUAUGGAGUCCAAUGCAAUGAGACUACCAACCGGGUUAUUGGUUUGGAGUCGAGCGUCCAACUCAACGGUACCAUCCCUUCCGUGAUAGCUGAUUUGAAGUACCUGCGAACACUUCGAUUGAGGAAAAACCCAUUCCUAGUCGGUGAAAUUCCUCCGGCCAUCGGGAAAUUAACCAACCUAGUAAGCCUUGACCUCAGCUGGAACAACAUCUCAGGCUCUGUGCCUGCAUUUCUUUCAAAUCUUAAAAAGCUUUGGUUUCUCGAUCUCUCCUUUAACAAACUUUCCGGUACCAUACCUGCUUCCUUCUCAACUUUUCCAGAGAUAAUCGGAAUUGACCUAAGCCGUAACCAACUCACUGGCUCCAUACCCGAGUCUUUUGGUCAUUUCCAAGGUACAGUCCCCACACUCGUCCUAUCCCACAACAAACUUUCAGGCGAAAUCCCGGCCUCUCUAGGCAACAUGAACUUUGCCCGAAUCCUAAUCUCGCGCAACAACUUCUCCGGAUCCGCAUUGAUGUUUUUCAAAGCAUCAAAAACCAGCGACACAAUCGACAUAUCACGAAACAACUUUGCGUUCGACUUCUCAGAGGCGAGUUUCAUGGAGCAGACAUUGGUAGAAUUGGACAUCUCCCAUAAUAAAAUAUGGGGCAGCAUUCCAUCAAGGAUAACGGAUUGUGUAAUGCUUCAGAGUUUGAAUGUUAGUUACAACAGGCUGUGUGGGAAAAUUCCAUCUGGUUGGAAGAUGAAGUAUCGAUCGGAACCUUUUGAUAACACUUCUUACUUGCAUAACCGUUGUCUUUGUAGCUCUCCUCUUGAACCUUGUAAAAAUUGAGCUCAUUGUUGACGUUUUGAGCCAGCUUUCAGUUGAGUCAGUCUUGGAUUUCAGUGGAGAAGUGUUUGGAUUUAUUUGGAAAUGUUACUGGGUUCAAUUGCAUUA